CCGCCCCAAACCGUUCCAACACUCUAGCGGACCGCUCCGAGCAACCCGGUUCUCAAAUCCAAACACAAUAUUACAGAACCCAAAUCCCUUUCCCAUUUCCACGACGCAAGAGCUCUGACCAAAAUCUUCCGCCUCGCAGCUCAGAUCAGAAGCAACCGGAAACAGAUUCGCGCAGAUCGCCAUGGAUUCAGCGGCCCGAAGGAGCGGCGGUGGACUCUUCGAAGGCCUUUACAGGGUCAUCAUGCGCCGCAACUCCGUCUACGUCACCUUCGUCAUCGCCGGCGCCUUCCUCGGCGAGCGGGCUGUAGAUUAUGGAGUUCAUAAGCUGUGGGAGUACAAUAAUGUUGGGAAACGAUAUGAAGAUAUUUCAGUUCUGGGGACAAGGCAAUCGGAAGAAUGAGAUUACCAACGCUUCUCUUCGACAAUUCUAAAGUUUUCAUACUCUUGGAAAGUUGGACCGUGCAAAUUAUGCUUUAGGUAGGACUUCUCAUUUUUGUAAUAAAGUAUGGGCGGAUUCAGCUUAUCUAUCAACCUUCCAUUCAACGAAAGUGUUUAUGAAGUGUCGAAUCUGUUGUGCACGGCCACAUUGACUUGAUUCUGUCAAUGGUUAUUGUUUAUUUCUGAGAUUUUGAUCCCUUUUGCCUUA